AUGGAGGAUACCAAGUCUUUUACACUAUCACAUGGAGGCAAGGCAUCAUGGUUUGAUUGUCAUUGGAGGUUUUUGCCAAUAGACCACCCUUAUAGUCGCAAUAAGAAUGAUUUUCGGAAGAAUAAAAUAGAAAGUGAAGAGGCUCCUACCAGAUUAAGUGGUUUGGAGAUUUGGCAAAGGAAGGAUAACCUGGUUCGUCACUGUCUUGAUGUAAUGCACAUAGAGAAGAAUGUGCUUGAUAACAUAAUGAAUACUAUUAUGGACACUGAUAGAACUAGAGACAAUGAAAAGGCUAGGUUAGAUCUGGCUGAACUGUGCAAGCGUCCAGAUUUACAUUUGCGGCAUGUCGGUGAUAAUUGUUGGUCCAAACCUAAGGCAACUUAUACUUUAACUUCUGAACAGCAACAAGACGUGUAUAAGUGGGUGCAACAACUUAGAUUUCCAGAUGGUUAUGAAUCUAACCUUGCUAGAUGUGUUAUGGAGCAGAAUAUUCUCAUUAUCCUUUGCAAGUUAGAAAGGAUAUUUCCCCCGGGAUUCUUUAAUGUGAUGGAGCAUUUGCCAAUUCAUCUAGUAUAUGAGGCACGUGUGUGUGGACCUGUCCAAUAUAGGUGGAUGUAUCUGUUUGAAAGGGUGAUAGGAGCAUUCAAGCGAACAGUGAAAAAUAGAGCAAGGGUUGAAGGUUCGAUUUGUGAGGCUUUCUUGGCAAAGGAGACUUCAAGUUUUGUUUCUUUCUACUUUGAACCACAUAUCUUAUCAAGGCGAACCCGUGUGGGAAGAAAUGAUAACGGGGGAGACACAAUUAAAGCUUCUUUAUCAAUAUUUAAUAGACCUGGUCGCAAGGUUGGAAAAGCUAAAGAUCAUUGGUUAGACGAACGGGACAAGGCCGCAGCUCAUUUGCAUAUUCUACUCAAUGAAAGCAAAGUUAUCCCUUUCUAUAUGUUUUGGAAAGAAACUUGUCCUGGAGAAAGCGAUGACCGAUUUUUCCCUUGGUUUGCAUCAUAUGUUCAAAAUCAAUGCAACGAAAUUGUUGAUCCCGGUUUGCAAUCACUUUCUUGGGUUCCUUCAAACAAAGCAACAAGUUAUCCAAUUUAUAAAGUAAAUGGAUAUACAUUUCAUACUCUUGCAAGAACAAAAGGAAAGAAAAUCGAUAACACCGGUGUGUAUGUCAAAGGUGAUGCAGGUAAUGGGGAAAGUGAUUGGUUUGGAUUAUUAGAAGAUAUACUCGAGCUUGAAUACACUGGUGAUGACUCUAAUCGAGUUGUUUUGUUCAAAUGUCAAUGGUAUGAUCCAAGUCAUCCAAAUGGAACACGUAUUCAUAAUGACUACAAAAUAACUAAAGUCAACCAUAGCAAAAGAUAUCGCCACUAUGAUCCUUUCAUUGUCGCCCAAAAAGCUAAACAAGUUUACUUCUUACCUUAUCCUGGAAAUUACAAGUCUAUGUGGCAUAUUGUUGUAAAAACUAAACCAAGAGGUCGAAUUGAAACCAAUCAUGUACAUGUAGAUGAGGAUGAGGAUGAGAAUAAUGUAGCUUAUCAAGUGGAUGAGAGCAAUCCUUCUAGGAUUUCAGACACUGAGCCUCCUAUUAGUCUUAAGUCUCCAUUUGGAGAGGACCGCAUUGUCGAAUUAUCCAUCGGCUCUAGUUCUGGAGCUAAUAAAAAUGAAUAUGAUGAUGUUGCAGACUUUGAUGAUGAUAUCGAUUUUUAA